CCUGAAAGGCGCAGACCCGCCCGACCCUCCCAGUCUCGCGCCUGCAGCCCUUCCCGCCCCAGCCGCCGCCACCCGCACCGAACCCGGAGCUGCCAUGCCCAAGUGCCCCAAGUGCGAGAAGGAGGUGUACUUCGCUGAGAGGGUGACCUCUCUGGGCAAGGACUGGCAUCGGCCUUGCCUGAAGUGCGAGAAAUGUGGGAAGACGCUGACCUCCGGCGGCCACGCUGAGCACGAAGGCAAACCCUACUGCAACCAUCCCUGCUACUCCGCCAUGUUUGGGCCUAAAGGCUUUGGGCGGGGUGGAGCUGAGAGCCACACUUUCAAGUAAACCGGGUGGCGGAGACCCCAUCCUUGGCCGCUGGCUGGGCCACUCACUGUCCCGCAAAUGCCAGGCCUCGUCCCCAGAUGCCCAGGGCUCCCUUGUAGCCCCUAAUGCCCUCAAUAAACCUGAACACGUGGAUAA